AUGAUGCAAUCGCAACGAAAGCGAACAAAGAACACGUCUGUGCUGCCCCGAAGCCCCACUCUGCCUUUGCAAGGACUCAAACAUAAUGGAGGUGAAGUUCUGGCGAAAAAGAGACUUGUAGAGCAGUUUUAUAUGCCUAAGUCAGAGACCCCGCUGAAAGCGCAGAGCUACUCGGAUUUGGUCACAGCAUUUAGACAAGGAUUACCUGUGGGAGACUCACCAGCACGAGAACUUCGACAGGAUGAGCUUCUACAGUCACCGGAGAUCACGGCAAGAGAAGAAUUUGUGGACUUGGCGAGAAACGGGAAACUAGAGUACCAACCUAUAGAUAAGGAGAUUCAACUUCCUAGCAAAGUGACUGAGAUGCUUUUGGGGGUGGAUGAUGAAGAGGACAACAAUAAAGUCUUGGAUAGAGUCGUGCUGACACUUCACAGCUCGGCGCAGGCGCUUGAGCGGCGGUUAAACACGGACACGACGAAUAUGGAUACUCCCAAGACACAGCUAAACUUACUUGAUGAUUACUUAAAUGGACUCUCAGAGGAAGUCAACAGGUUGCAUCAUGAGCUUUCGGAAUCCACACACGGUCUCAAGAGUCAAUUUCGUCUGCAAUUGCAAGUUAGCGUGGAGAAGCUAGAGAAGCUAGAUGAGUUGUUGAAGACGUUGAGCGGAAGACUCGAUGAUUGCAGGAAACGAAUGCUGAGCAGUAAAGAAGUGAUGACAGAGACGAUGGCAGACAGAAUUGCCAUGCUUGAGUUUGUGGCCAAAAGAUUUAAUGAGCAUGAUGAGUUGGUGAGACAGCGCAGAGUUGCCCAGAUGACGGUCUUUCUCUGCAUCGUCAUUUUGGGUGUGAUUGCCUUGACUUUGAUGAAGAAAUUUCGAUAA